AUGUCUGAAGAUGAUGAUGAACAGGGAUUUAGAAUAUACUCAGAAGAUGAAUUGAAUAGUAAACUAAAGAAAGAAUUACUUUUGAUUUGUCAAUCAUUGAAUUAUUCACAAAAGCCAAAUCAAGGUGUCCGAUACACAAAGAUUGUACUCCAAGUCUCAAUAGUACAAAUAAUGACAAUAUUUUUAUACAAAUUAAUCAACUCCGAUUUGGAUUGUCAAGUUCAUGCAAGUGACUAUUUGAAUAUGUUUCAAAAUAUCUGA